UGAAGGUGGUUGCUGUCGGUGGGGCUGCAGGAUGGCUGCUGCAGGAGAGCUGGCAAGCGGCGCUCGGGCGUAAAGACGCCCGCCCCAAGACUUGGUCCCCACAGCCCUAUGCACUAUAUAGAUAUAUAUCUAUAUUUCUGCCCGCACACAUUUUUGCACCUGCUUUCCCGAAGAAACAGAGCCGCGACCCUUGAGGUGUCCGGGGGCUGUUCUUGCUCUCCUCCUGCCUUUUUGCAGCUCGCCCACUUGGCGAACCGACGGGCGGGGAAUGCCUCUUGGCCUCUGACCCGGCUUCCCUCUCGCUCCCUCGACCUGCCGCUUGGGGGGAAAAUAAGCCAACAUAGCGGGGCACAUUCGUGCCGCGCCCGCCGCCUCGCCCAACCCAGCCCAGCCCAGCCCAGCCGCGCGCCUUUGGUCCGGCGGCGCCUCUCCUCUCCUAGCUUCGCACCCGCCGCGCCGAGAUGGCCGACCCGGCCGAGUGCAGCAUCAAAGUGAUGUGCCGGUUCCGGCCCCUCAACGAAGCCGAAAUCCUCCGCGGGGACAAAUUCAUCCCCAAAUUCAAAGGGGAAGAGACGGUCGUGAUCGGGCAAGGGAAACCAUAUGUCUACGAUAGAGUGUUACCUCCAAAUACAACUCAGGAACAAGUUUAUAAUGCCUGUGCCAAGCAGAUUGUUAAAGAUGUUCUUGAGGGUUACAAUGGUACUAUUUUUGCUUAUGGUCAAACAUCUUCAGGAAAAACACAUACUAUGGAGGGGAAGCUACAUGACCCACAGUUGAUGGGAAUAAUUCCAAGAAUUGCACAUGACAUCUUUGAUCACAUCUAUUCCAUGGAUGAAAACUUAGAAUUUCACAUAAAGGUUUCCUACUUUGAGAUUUAUUUGGACAAAAUACGGGACUUGCUUGAUGUUUCAAAGACAAAUCUUGCAGUACAUGAAGACAAGAACAGAGUUCCUUAUGUAAAGGGUUGUACAGAGAGAUUUGUCUCUAGCCCUGAAGAGGUUAUGGACGUCAUUGAUGAAGGGAAAACAAAUCGACAUGUAGCUGUUACAAAUAUGAAUGAACACAGUUCUAGAAGCCACAGCAUUUUCCUAAUUAAUAUCAAGCAGGAGAAUGUUGAAACUGAAAAAAAACUCAGCGGAAAGCUUUACCUGGUAGAUUUGGCUGGGAGUGAAAAGGUCAGCAAAACUGGGGCAGAGGGUUCUGUUCUUGAUGAAGCUAAAAAUAUUAACAAAUCUUUAUCUGCUUUGGGCAAUGUGAUCUCAGCACUGGCAGAAGGCACUAAAACGCACGUCCCGUAUCGAGAUAGCAAAAUGACCCGGAUUCUUCAGGACUCUUUAGGAGGGAAUUGUAGAACCACCAUUGUCAUCUGCUGCUCUCCAUCUGUAUUCAACGAAGCAGAAACCAAGUCUACUCUUAUGUUUGGUCAAAGAGCCAAAACUAUUAAGAACACAGUGUCUGUUAAUCUUGAGUUGACUGCAGAAGAAUGGAAGAAAAAAUAUGAGAAGGAAAAAGAAAAAAAUAAGACACUUAAAAAUGUUAUCCAGCAUCUGGAGAUGGAACUGAACAGGUGGAGAAAUGGAGAAGCUGUUCCUGAGGACGAACAGAUCAGUGCUAAGGACCAAAAGAACUUGUGGAGCCAAUGUGACCAACACCCCCCAUCACUCGCUGGCUAUUGUGCGGUUGUUGCCAGCAUCCCAGUUGAAGAGAAACAGGAAAUGAGGGAGGAAAUUACCAAAUUUCUACAGACGAGACUGGAUGAUAAGGAUGAUGAAAUUAACCAACAGAGUCAGUUGGCUGAGAAACUAAAGCAACAAAUGUUGGAUCAAGAUGAGCUCUUGGCUUCUACUAGGAGAGAUUAUGAAAAGAUACAGGAGGAGCUGACUCGACUUCAGAUUGAAAAUGAGGCUGCAAAAGAGGAAGUGAAAGAAGUUCUUCAAGCACUGGAGGAAUUAGCUGUUAAUUAUGACCAGAAAUCACAAGAAGUGGAGGACAAGUUGAGAUCUAAUGAACAGCUGGCUGACGAACUUCAACAGAAAACAUCUGCGCUGAUGUCUACACAGAGAGAUUUGGGUCAAUUGCAAGAGCUCAAUAACCAUCAGAAAAAGAGAGCUACUGAGAUCUUGAAUUUACUGCUUAAAGACCUUGGAGAGAUUGGAGGAAUCAUUGGUACCAAUGAUGUGAAAACAUUAGCAGAUGUGAAUGGUGUGAUUGAGGAGGAGUUCACUAUGGCUCGACUCUACAUUAGUAAGAUGAAGUCGGAGGUGAAAUCUCUGGUGAACCGCAGCAAGCAGUUAGAAAGUGCCCAGAUGGACUCCAAUAGGAAGAUGAAUGCCAGCGAAAGGGAACUCGCUGCUUGCCAGCUCCUCAUCUCACAGCAUGAAGCCAAAAUUAAGUCUCUCACAGACUACAUGCAGAACAUGGAGCACAAACGAAGACAACUGGAAGAGUCACAAGAUUCAUUGAAUGAAGAGCUGGCCAAAUUGCGUGCUCAAGAAAAAAUGCAUGAAGUCAGCUUCAAAGAUAAAGAAAAGGAACAUUUGACCUUGCUGCAGGAUGCAGAGGAAAUGAAGACUACGCUUGAGCAACAGAUGGAAAGUCACAGGGAAGCCCACCAGAAGCAGCUGUCAAGGCUGCGUGAUGAGAUUGAGGAGAAGCAGAAGACCAUUGAUGAAAUCAGAGAUAUGAAUCAGAAACUGCAGCUGGAGCAAGAGAAACUGAACUCUGAUUAUGAGAAAUUGAAAGCAGAAGAUCAGGAAAGGGAAAAGAAGCUGGAAAAGCUCAUAUUGCUUAAUGAUAAAAGGGAACAAGCAAGAGAAGAUCUUAAAGGACUGGAAGAAACUGUGGCUCGAGAAUUGCAAACCCUGCAUAAUUUACGCAAACUCUUUGUCCAGGAUCUUACCACCAGAGUAAAAAAGAGUGUUGAACUGGACAGCGAUGAUGGAGGCGGAAGUGCUGCUCAGAAGCAGAAAAUUUCAUUCCUGGAAAACAACCUGGAACAACUUACAAAGGUUCACAAACAGUUAGUACGUGAUAAUGCAGAUCUCCGUUGUGAGCUUCCUAAGCUUGAAAAACGACUUCGAGCUACAGCAGAGAGAGUGAAGGCCUUGGAGAGUGCACUGAAGGAAGCCAAGGAGAAUGCCAUGCGGGACCGGAAGCGAUACCAGCAGGAGGUAGAUCGCAUUAAAGAGGCCGUCAGAGCCAAGAACAUGGCAAGGAGAGCCCACUCUGCCCAAAUUGCCAAGCCUAUUCGCCCUGGUCAUUAUCCAGCAUCUUCUCCUACAGCUGUUCAUGCCAUCAGAGGAGGAGGAUUGUCCCAUUCAAGUUACUACCAGAACAUGAAAUAAAUACCAGAUCUGAUGCCACUCGCAUGUGAAAAUUCAGCAUCUGUUCACUAGUUCUUUUUCCUUUUGGGACUGGACCUGUACUCCUCCAUUCAUUGUAUGCUUUCUAUAGCCAUCUGCCGUGAACCAGAUUUUAUUUUUCAGCUUCAUAGAAUCUCCAUGUGUACAGAAGUGUGUCCAGCCCAGCUUUUCUUCAGAAAUCAUGUACAGUGUAUCUAACAAACUCACCUAAGCUAACCAUAGGAGGUCUGCCAUUCAGUCUCUGUCACUGAGUGACCGAGUUUGACCUUGUUGUGCCAGUUGUGUUGGGGCUUCUCAGCUGGUGUCACCGAUGCUUUUUAACAUUUUGUUUCGUUCUGUUUUAAGUACUCUGGUGCAUCAGCAAAAUCCUGACUCCUGGCCUCCAAGACUUAACAAUUCAACAACGAAGUGCCGUUGAAAGCAGGUUGAUUGUGUUCCAUCAUGACUUUCUGAUUUCCUGUAUAAUAUGCCUAUUACUUUAUAUUUUUGGAGGAUGACAGUGUGCAGUUAUAUGGUUUGGGGGGAAAAUAACAUGUGUUCAAAACGUAAAGUUCCCUUAAAAAAUUGUUUUUAAUAUACUGGUGAAAUCUUUGGAUUUGUAUUUAAAGUGGGGGUUGGGGGGAAUCUAACAGAAUUGUUAGAACGCUCAUGUGGUGAAGAUCAUAUUCGAGGGACAUGGAGGGAAAGGCUGGUUGGGCUUUCAGAACGCCAGCAGUCAUAAGGAGACACCAGCACCUCAGAAUUCAGCAUCUGAUCUACCUAUGAUAACACUUUAAGGUUCUCUGACAACCAUGGGGCAUCAUGGUCCAGAUUUGUAAUGGAGUGUAUCUGAAAAAGCAACUUUUACAAGAACAGCUAAAACCGCCCCCUUCCUCCUGUAACUCAGUUUUCUCAUCAUUUUGAAAGGAAUCAAAAAUAUGGCAAAAAAGUUGUACUGUGAUUUUUUUUUUCAUGGUGUUGAGCAGGGAAUAAGUGAGCAUGUUUCCUCCCUGUGCAGUGCAGAAGAAAAUACAUUGCUGGAGGAUAGCUUUUUGUUUUUUCUUGUUUGUUUUUAAUGCAUUUAAGACUACAUUUAUAACAGUAUAUGAUGGAACUGAGCAAUAUGCAAGUCUGCCUAGGGAUAGUAUAGUUUUAACACCUUUAACCAAUAGUGAGAUAAUUCAGUUUCUUUUGGCUUCUCUUUUAGUAAUAUACAUGAAGUGUUGAUGUGUAUAACCAUGGAAGAUAUAGAUAGGCAGACAGGUGGUAAAUGUGCUGCCGUGUUUUCUUUCACUUGUUACAUGCAUACAUUUGCAACUGUGCACAUACAAAUAUGUUAUGUCUCAUUCCAAAAAGACUGAUUUGGGGUUUAUGCUCCUUUAGUCUUGUUUGCUGCUGUAGCUUCUUUUUUUUUUAAGUUAAGAGUAAAUUUGGAGCUUUGGAAUGUGUUUGGCUGAUAUUGAGAGGUAAUCUGCUCUAGAGCCUUCCUAAAGAUUGUGAAUUGACUUCAGGCAUUUUCUCCUGAUGCUGCUUAGAAGUUCUCAGACGUAGCAAAAGAAGAUUGGGCUUUUGUUUAAUUUAUUACAGGUUGCACUUUUUAGGGGAUGGGAAAGGGGAGACUUUUGUUAUGUAUUUAAUGAAAGAUUGCAGAUUUUGCAUUUGUUUAAUUUAUUUUAUUAAGGGUUUUUUAAUUGUUUUCCUCACUUUUUUAAUACACAUGUAAAUGCACUGCCAGCAGAUUUUAAGUGUGACUUUGCCAUAUCUAAGCCCCACUUUUGGGAAUAAUGUAGCCAACCUGUUAGUUUUAUACAUAGCUAGACUCUGUAUUUAAAAAACAAAACAAAAACUAAGAAGCCUCCUGUAGUAUCUCUGUCUUACUUUCACUCUGUGUAUCAUGAUGAUUAUAAGAAGGCUUCUUCCAUGUAAGUUCUCCAGAAGCAGGCCAUAAUGUUUAGUAUUGUUUACUACGUGGACUGACCAUAUUAUGCAGAACAAUGUGUGUAGCAGCAACGUUAGAGAGUGCCAGUGAUGUUCUACGUGAGCAGCUGCCAUAAAUGUUAUGGCUACCACCUGGAAGCCAUGCAGAGGAUGUUUUAUGCAGCAUUAUCCCAGCUUUUGAGGUGUAGACAAGCUCAUAGAAGCAAAUGCACACCAUUCGUAAAGUAUUAUUGUUUUCUAUGUAGUUUUCAUAUGCCUGAGAUGCUGUGGAAUACAUUUGUGAUUUUUUCCCUUUUGCUUUUGUGUGCUAAAAGUUGCCAAAUUCUGCAUGCAUCAAAAUUAUCAAUGAAAUCUGCUAAGCAUAUUUGUGCAUCUCCAUUGGAAUGAAUGGAGACUCGACACAGUGCUUACUCUAGGGCUGCAUUUUGAGAUAGAACUUCUGUUGACCUGCAUAAAAGAGUGUAAAUCUUGAGCCUCAUGGCAAAACUAUCCUUAAUGUUCUUCUAAGGAAAAAAAUUCUGAUAUUUCUAAGAAACCGCUAGUUGCUGAUCAGCCAGUCAGUUCAUCUAGUUGGAAUUUCUUGGUUGUGGUAUCAGAGUUUCCAUUGUGGUUCAUAGAUGGCAGGUGAAAUGUGAAAAGGCAUACCUUUAUUAAAGCUGAAUUUGUGUUCAUGUAUUUUGAUACUGUGUCACUUUGAUUUCAUUUUGCUGUUAGAUUUGCUUUACGGAUCUAAGUUUUGAAGCACUAUCAAACUUCACAGCAUUAUACAUGCAGAAUUUUUGUAUGUGGAAAUUGAAAACUCAUCUUUGUUAUAUGGACAUCAGUAACCUGUGUUUUGUUUGCUUUAUACUCUUCCAGAGCCCCCCUCCUUUCCUCUAAAUGUUCAAAGCAUUUUUUCCAGCUUGUAAAAAAUAUCUGAAGAGCAGAAACUAUUUUGUAUUUAAUAUUGGACAAGUUAACACAUGCACCAUUCCAUUGAAAGCCAUUGCAGUGUGGAAUUUCUUAUGUUCAUGAUUUUCUUUUCUACUGUAUCAAAUUUCUUAUUCUUCUGACUGCUUAUCUUCAAAUUCACCUAUUAUUUAAUUGUUUUUUGGCACUGAGAAAAAUGGAAAUACCACGACAGAUACGUGUUAAAUGUGUUUUGCCAGGCAGAGAUGAGAAUAGAGUAUCUUGAACAUAUUAAUUCAGGGUACAUUUGGUAUUUCAAAGCUGCCUGGGCUUUAAUAUGUAUGUGAAUUAAAAACUAUCUGAAAACAGAGAGAAUUCCUUCCAUAACUGAUUUCCAAUGGACAGGAUUCUCUCUAUCCUUUCUUAUUCCUAAAUUUAACGUUCAAAUUGAUGGGCUGCUUUUUAGAAACUGAAUUAAUUGCGGUAAGCCCUGUGUUACACCCAGUACAUUCAGUUGAAAUCAGAUACUUUGCAGUCGCAGUGUGUAACAUCGUAAAAAUGUAAACCCUAAUUAUCUUAUUGAGGCCAGAAAUUUUUUAAAAAGUUUUUUAAAAUAUGAACGUUACUCAUGAGAAUGUUGUAAAAUAAUUUCUACAGGGUGAUACUUUCUCCUUUUGAUGGAUAAGUGGCUAAAACACAUUGGACAUUUGUCUGUUUAAACACUGAUAUGAAAGGAUUGCCACAUCCCAUUUUUGUGUUUUAUUCCUCAAUUCCUUCUGUGUCUGUGUUUUUUUGAAACACUUUUGAUAGUGAAAGAUGUGGGAGAACAAUAGGGGUUCAGGCAUUCUGUAGAUGUAUACAUGUCUAGUUUGUAAAGUGUGUAAUGUGUAUUCUCUGAGAUUUAUGUAUCUGUACAAUAGCUUGUUUUAGGGAAAAAUGAAAUGUGGGUACUUUUUCUGAUGGUUACAAUCUGUGGGAAAUUUCUACUAUUAUCAAAGAUGCUGUGAUGAAUCAAACUCUGUAACAGCUGAGAUGAACUUCCCCUUCCUUCCCCAUGGAUAAGUAUUUCAAUUUUGGUUCUAAAAUACUAUCUAUUAAAAUGUAUGGAUACACUGGCAGACUGCAUGAUGUAUCAUCCAAAAACUGUUCAAGUGGAAAUAAAAUUGAAGUAAACUUUA